ACUGUUUGAAGUUAAACCCUUAUAUAUGGGAAUCUUUUGAAGAUCUUUCGAAAAUGGGAGCGAACGUCAAAACAAAAACAUUAUUCAAAGCAAACCACACUAUUCCUAAUCUUAACAACAACAACAACAACAACAACAACAACAACAAUAAUAAUAAUAAUAAUAAUAAUAGCAAAAAGACUCUAAUUAACUCUAAAAAUGGGGGAAAUAACAUCAAUAACACCAAUAACAUCAAUAUCAAUCAAGGCCUAAUCAACAACUCGUCGACCCCCAACAACUCCAAUUUCUUGAACUUGGAAGAUGAUAAUCUAUUUUCGACCAAAACGAGAUCAAAACCUUCAAAUGCACAACCGAUCAAUUCAAGAUCUUUUCUUCGAAGAUCUUCCAUUCCAUAUCAAGAAUUUCGAACUCCCAACUCGAAAACUGCCACUGACAAAUGUGCCGCUGGAUCAUUAAACAAUACUGUUUCCAAUUCCAAUUCCAAUUCCAAUUCCAAUUCCAACUCCAACUCCAACUCCAACUCCAACUCCAACUCCAAUUCCAAUUCUAAUUUCAUAAAUAACGAAGGAUUCAAAACUCCCAAUAUUCCAUCCACAUCGGACCUUUUGAGGAGAUCAUCGCGUUUAUCAAAUUCUAAAUCCUCCAUCAGGAAAAUUCCUUCUUCUGCAUCUGCCUGGAUAUCGAAUCCUGCAUCCAGCUCUGCUUCCAAAAACAGCAAUUCCUUAAUAAAAACACCGAUACAAAGCUCCAAUCAUAGAAACCUAAACCUAAACCUGAACCUAAACUUGAGUGUGA